AUGUUUAACUUUCAUCCAAUUAUAUUACUUUCCUGCAUACUUACUGCCUCAAUCGCCCAGUCUGCAGCUACCCCAACCUACCUUGACUGGAAGUCGUUCAAUGCUUCCGGUAUUAAUCUGGGUGGUUGGCUUGUCCAAGAGUCUACCAUUGACACUACAUGGUGGGGAACCUAUUCUGGAGGAGCUCCGGAUGAAUGGGGUCUCUGUGACCAUCUAGGCUCUCAGUGUGGACCAGUACUUGAGCGCCGGUAUGCCACUUGGAUAACCACUGCCGACAUCGAUACUUUUGCCGCAGCAGGUGUAAACGUUCUUCGCAUUCCCACCUCCUACGCUGCCUGGAUCAAAGUCCCAGGUUCUCAACUUUACACUGGCAAUCAAGUUUCAUUCCUCAAAAACAUUGCGACAUAUGCCAUCAACAAGUACGGCAUGCACAUUAUUAUUGAUCUUCACUCUCUUCCGGGUGGCGUCAAUGGAAUGCCAUUCGGAGAAGCUGAAGGGCAUUAUGGCUGGUUCAACAAUGCGACAGCCCUGGCCUAUUCUUUGCAAGCUGUUGAUGCGGUUAUCAGCUUCAUCAACAAUUCCCAAUUUCCUCAAUCUUUCACCAUCGAGCCAAUCAAUGAGCCUGUUGACGUACCGGAUAUCACACUCUUUGGUAGCCCCUACUGUCUGACCGAUAGUGGUGCCGAAUGGGUACAGAGGUAUAUAAGUCAAGUUAUCACCAAAACCACAGCCGUCAAUGCAAAAAUCCCAGUUAUGUUCCAGGGAAGUUUCAAGGGCGAAGAAUAUUGGUCGCCCAAGUUCUCUGCCGGAUCAAACUUGGUCUUCGAUGUACACAACUACUACUUCGCGGGCCGUGGUGCUAGCUCCGCAAAUCUUACUCAAUAUAUUUGCGAAGAUGCUGUGGCCGCGCCCGGAGAUGGCAAGUUCCCUGUUUUCAUUGGAGAAUGGUCUAUUCAAGCGGAGAUUGACAACACUUUCUCGAACCGGAAGAAGAAUCUGGAGACUGGAAUCGCUGCGUGGAAGAAGUACACUCAAGGUAGCUCGUACUGGACAGCCAAAUUUUUCGGCAAUGCGACUGUGGAUGGACAGGGCACACAGGCUGACUACUGGAACUACGAAACUUUCAUCAGCUUGGGCUAUACGAGCUCGUCUGCCGAUGCCGUGACCUGCUGA